CUUACAAAAACUGCAACCUCUCUCUUUGUAAUAAUAUCAUUAGUUUUCAAGAACUCCAUUUUUUACAUCAUUGAAAUCAGAGAGAAUUUUUUUAAAAAUAAAAAUAAAAAAUCUCUUAUCGUUUUUACAAGUCACCAAGCAGCAGUAAAACACAAAUAUCCUAAUUGAUUUUUUUUUUAAAUCACAAUCAGCAGAGAAGCAGCAAAUUCAUAUAUUGUACUGUACAUAAGUAGCAGAGAAGUUGGUGCCUGUAAUUUACAUUACAACAAUUUAACCAGGCUCUGGAAACGACAGGCUUUCAAGUGAUGAGAAUUUGCAUGGUAAAGAUAAGGAGAAAGGUGUAUUAUUAAUCUUUUAUCGAUUGUAUUAUUCCAGAGUCAGAUUCAAUUCUUUGUUUUGAAUUGAGAAAUUGUGGGCGCACAGGGGGUUAUUCGGGGGGAAUGUUGAACUAUGAUCUCUUGAUUCUUGAUUGGUAGCUGUUGGAGUGCAAGUUUCUGUUUAUUGUUGCUGGUUUUGUGAUAUUUUGGCAUAAAAAGGUAAGGGUGUGUUUUGGAAGAGAAGACUUUGAUGACAACUUCUUCUGAGAGAUGGAUUGAUAGUCUUCAGUUCUCAUCGUUGUUUUCGCCGCCUCCGCAAGAUGCCCAACAACGAAAGGCACAAAUUACAGCCUAUGUUGAGUACUUUGGGCAGUUCACCUCAGAACAAUUUCCCGAUGAUAUUGCUGAGCUAAUUCGUAACAGAUAUCCAUCAAAGGAAAAACGCCUAUUUGAUGACGUGUUGGCUACAUUUGUCCUACAUCAUCCGGAGCAUGGACAUGCUGUUGUUCUUCCAAUAAUUUCAUAUUUAAUAGAUGGCACGCUGGUGUAUGAUAAGAGUACACCUCCAUUUGCUUCUUUCAUUUCCUUGGUCUGCCCAAGCAAUGAGAAUGAAUAUUCUGAGCAAUGGGCUUUGGCAUGUGGAGAGAUUUUGCGAAUUUUGACGCAUUACAAUCGUCCAAUAUAUAAGAUGGAACUACAGAGUUGUGCAACAGAGAAAAGCAGCAGUGGCAAAAGAGCUGAAAGUGGUGGAUCAGCAGAUGCGGAAUCCAGUCACACACUUUCAGUGCAGCAAGAGAGGAAGCCUUUAAGGCCUUUGUCUCCCUGGAUUACUGACAUAUUACUCGCUGCACCUCUUGGUAUCAGAAGUGACUACUUCCGUUGGUGCAGUGGUGUUAUGGGUAAAUAUGCUGGUGGAGAGCUCAAGCCGCCUACAACUGCUUCAUCUCGCGGAUCUGGGAAGCAUCCUCAGCUCUUGCCAUCAACCCCUCGAUGGGCUGUAGCAAAUGGAGCUGGUGUUAUAUUAAGUGUUUGUGAUGAUGAAGUGGCUCGUUAUGAGACUGCUACAUUAACUGCUGUUGCUGUUCCUGCACUUCUACUUCCUCCUCCAACAACAUCUUUGGACGAACAUCUGGUUGCUGGAUUACCAGCUCUAGAGCCAUACGCACGUUUAUUUCAUCGGUAUUAUGCCAUUGCAACUCCAAGUGCCACCCAACGACUUCUCCUAGGACUCUUGGAAGCACCGCCUUCAUGGGCUCCAGAUGCUCUUGAUGCUUCAGUACAACUUGUGGAACUCCUUCGAGCUGCUGAAGAUUAUGUAUCUGGAGUAAGGCUUCCACGGAACUGGAUGCACUUGCACUUCUUGCGUGCAAUUGGGAUUGCGAUGUCCAUGAGAGCAGGAAUAGCUGCUGAUGCUGCUGCUGCUUUACUUUUUCGCAUACUUUCACAGCCAGCAUUGCUGUUUCCUCCAUUAAGGCAAGUUGAAGGAGUCGAAGUUCAUCAUGAACCUUUGGGCGGUUAUAGUUCAAGCUACAGGAAACAGAUAGAAGCGCCUGCAGCUGAAGCGACUAUAGAAGCGACAGCCCAGGGGAUUGCAUCUAUGCUUUGUGCCCAUGGUCCUGAGGUUGAAUGGAGAAUUUGCACCAUUUGGGAAGCUGCUUAUGGCUUAAUUCCUUUAGGUUCCUCAGCAGUUGAUCUUCCUGACAUCAUAGUGGCCGCUCCACUGCAGCCUCCUAUAUUGUCUUGGAACUUGUACAUUCCACUUCUUAAGGUCUUGGAAUACCUUCCUCGUGGAGGUCCAUCAGAAGCAUGUUUGAUGAAGAUAUUUGUUGCUACUGUAGAAGCUAUUCUUCAGAGAACAUUUCCAUCUGAGUCUUCCAGAGAACAAACCAGGAAAGCGAGAUAUCUUUUUGGCUUGGGUUCUGCCUCUAAAAAUCUUGCUGUGGCAGAGCUUCGCACUAUGGUCCAUUCACUCUUUCUAGAAUCGUGCGCUUCCGUAGAGCUUGCUUCACGCCUGCUAUUUGUUGUGUUAACCGUGUGUGUUAGUUAUGAAGCUCAAUCUAAUGGGAGCAAGAGACCAAGAGGUGAGGAAUUUUUUCAACCAGAUGAUGGCCAUGAGGACUCACAACUGACAUCUGAAAAACAGCGCAACACGAAAUCCAAGAAGAUUAAAAGACAAGGUCCUGUUUCAGCAUUUGAUUCUUAUGUUCUUGCUGCUGUAUGUGCUCUUGCAUGUGAGCUUCAGUUGUUCCCUUUUCUUUCAAGAGGGAGUAACCAGUCAAGUUCUAGCGGUGCACAGACCGUGGCCAUGCCCGUGAAACUGAAUGGAUCUAAUAUUGAGUUUCAAAGUAGUAUUGACUCUGCGGUCCAUCACACUCAUAGAAUCUUAUCAAUUUUAGAAGCACUUUUCUCUUUGAAACCGUCUACUGUUGGUACCUCCUGGAGUUAUAGUUCAAAUGAGAUUGUAGCUGCAGCUAUGGUUGCUGCUCAUGUUUCUGAACUAUUCAGACGAUCAAAGGCUUGCAUGCAUGCUCUCUCUGUUCUGAUGCGGUGCAAGUGGGAUACUAAAAUUUACACCAGAGCUUCAUCGUUAUACAACCUUAUUGAUAUUCACAGCAAAGCUGUUGCAUCAAUAGUUACGAAGGCUGAACCAUUAGAGGCAUACUUGCACAUUCCAGUUUGGAAAAAUUCUCUUAUGCGUGCUGAUGGUAAAAAGCGAAAUCGAAGUGUAAGCAUUAGAUGCAGUGAUUCAGGGGAGUCUUCUUCCUCACAGUGUGAAGAACCAGGCCAUUCAGAAGGUAGAAGUAAAAGUGAGAGAUUUCAGAUAAAGGAAGGUUCUGGAAGUACAUUGGCCAAGAGUAUUGCAGGUUUCCCUAUAGAUGCUUCAGAUUUAGCCAAUUUCUUGACAAUAGAUCGACAUAUUGGUUUCAGCUGUAGUGGGCAAGUUUUCCUAAGAUCAGUUCUUGCGGAGAAACAAGAGUUGUGUUUCUCUGUUGUCUCACUGCUAUGGCACAAGUUGAUUGGUGCACCUGAAACUCAGCCUAGUGCAGAAAGCACUUCUGCCCAGCAAGGAUGGAGACAGGUUGUGGAUGCACUCUGCAAUGUUGUAUCAGCGUCACCCACAAAAGCAGCUGCAGCAGUUGUUCUUCAGGCGGAGAGAGAAUUGCAACCUUGGAUUGCUAAAGAUGACGAUCAGGGUCAGAAGAUGUGGAGAAUCAACCAACGAAUUGUCAGAUUAACUGUGGAACUAAUGAGAAAUCAUGAUACACCAGAGUCGUUAGUAAUUUUGUCAAGCGCAUCAGACCUACUUCUACGUGCGACGGAUGGGAUGCUUGUCGACGGAGAAGCUUGCACUUUACCACAACUGGAGUUAUUAGAAGCAACAGCUAGAGCAGUUCAUCCUGUCCUGGAGUGGGGAGAGUCUGGGUUUGCAGUUGCAGAUGGCCUUUCAAACCUGUUAAAGUGUCGCCUACCAGCUACAAUCCGAUGCCUGUCUCAUCGAAGUGCUCAUGUUCGUGCUAUGAGCACAUCAGUUCUCCGCGGUAUAUUGCACACUGGUUCAAUAAAACCUAAUUCUAACCAAGUGGACAUAAAUGGCAGUCAUGGUCCCUCGUAUCAGUACUUUAACAUAGAUGUGACUGAUUGGCAAACUGAUAUAGAGAAGUGCUUAACUUGGGAAGCUCAUAGCCGGCUUGCGACAGGGAUGCCGAUUCAUUUUCUUGAUACUGCUGCAAAGGAAUUAGGCUGUACUAUAUCUGUAUGACAUCAACUAGCUUCCUGUAAUCACCGUCAUUUGUAUUUUUUACUUUUUCUUUUACAGAGUGAGACAUACAGAUAGAAAUAGACUUUUUAUUACUUGGAUGGUCAUGGAAAGACAUGAGAAGGAGCUUCACUUCAUUUUACUAGGGUUUAAGGCCUCAACGAUGAUCGUGUAUAGUGAAACAAUCAACUGGGUCAUGAUAUGCUUAAUUUUAUUCAGCUAUGUCAGAUUUGUAUGAUAGAGGCCUGGAUUUGAUAUUGUUGUCUCAGAUUGUCGGAUGUAAUUUGCGUUUCUUUCGAAGAAAUUGGAAUGACAAUUAACAUCAA